AUGGAGGGGAAUAAUGGCCAUGGAAAUGGGAAUGGGAAUGGGAAUGUGAAUGGACAUGCGCAUGCACACGCUCAUGCUCAUGCAAAUACAUACAUCCAAGACGAUGCCGCUUAUAAUGAGGUGAUGAAUAAUGCUGUCUGGCCUGGUCCUGGUCCUGGCGAUCAGUUCCUUUACGCGCAGCAUCAGCAAGGACAUCAACCUCAACCUCAACAGCAGCCGCAACCGCAAGAUCUCUAUUCACGCUAUGCCACAACCCAACCCCAACCCUCCUACGAACAUUAUGGCCUCCAUCAACAGCCAUCGUAUCCCUCCAUGGAAUACGGGAACCUAAACCCAAACUCGGCUUCUCCUUAUGUCUCUCACUAUCAGCAACAUGCUGGUCCCUCAGCCCUCUUCGGGCAGGCGACGUCCUCCAUCGACCCUUCUCUGCAGACUUCUGCCCCGUCGCCCUACCGGGCCCAGGAUAGCUCCUUCUCUGUGGCUCCGAGUGCAACCAUAUCGCCGCAGUAUCUUCAGUAUGCUCCACCUCCCAACCAGCCUGUGAAUCAAGGCGUCCCGACCUCGGCAUAUCAGCAGCCGCCGGCCAACGUAAUGGCCAAUACCUUUAGCCAGCCGCCUCAGGAUCAUUCUACCAUGUACUUCAAUAAUGUCCAAAAUGGAGACUUGCAUCGUACUAUGGCCGGUGCUCCUAUUCAGUACCCGCCAUUGCCUCUCGAGACAAAACCCAAUGAGGUCAGGCCUGCCGCCAACCACAUGGACAAGAUCAGCAAUGUCAAGAGCCUCGUCACCUCAGAGUCUCCCCAAAUCCUUCCUCGUGCCCAGCCAGCCAAGCCAACGCAAGCCUCGAACCCAUUGAGGAUGACGCAUCCGGAGUUGUAUGCUUCAGCGGGUGGGCAACGGUUGGCCUAUGCCCCCUUCAUAGUGUUUGAGGAGACUCCUAUUCAGAUCACACUAGGUCUUAAAAACACCAUCCCUAAAUACCAUCCACGGAAAUCAAAGAGCGGGAAAGUACUUAUUCCGGGUUUCGCUUCAUCUCGCUCUUCCUCUUCAGCGCGUUCCUCAGCCAAGAAAACGCGAAUCUCAAAGGAGACCAAGCUUCCAUCAAGCAAAUGGAAGGGCACUAGACAAGACAUUAAACCUGCUGCUGGUAAACUAGCUACCCCGCGUGAAGAUAGCAGCCUAGGUGCAGGAACCAAAUCGACACCGACGCCAACUGACUCCAGCUCAUCUGAAGACGAAAGUAGCUCAGAAGAAGAGUCUGAAUACGAAGACGAGGAAGAGAUGACGCUUGUAGACGUCAGCACGAUCCGGGGGACUACACGCCCAACCGAUGAUAUCCCUGGUGCCGCACGUUGGGACGCCAUUGGGAUCAUCUGGAGGGAUCCUAAAUCUAGUCCGAGCGUCGAAUUCGUCAAGGCCGCAAUCGAAGAAUACGGUAAUUUCCUGAUCGAGCUACGGAGCAAGUUGAGAGCGAACUUAAAGGAAACAGACGAUGCUGCAGGCCGUGCAGCUGAUCUUGCGAGGCUCGGGGCUGAACGUGGGAUUCUGCUGGAGGCAUUAUAUCAAACCAUUGAUGCUGCCAAUGUGCAUGGAUAUGAUGCAAUAGUAGAGAACCUGGGAAGAUACCAAAAACUCGUAAAUAGCUUGACUACCACGUUGAUCGAUUGUGUUAAGAUUGACGAUUACCUUGGAAAACUUCCAAGGGCGGUCUUUAGUUUGCUGGCCAGAUUUCAGACGAUGACAGACGACCUGUUGAAGAAGCUUAAAUUUGAUAGCAUUCAAAAGCGUUGGAGGAAGCACGGCGAUGCGGAGAUCAACGCGAAUAUCGACGCAAUUCUUGCUAAUACGGUUGAAGCUAAGGAAAGAGCCUCGAAAGCCCAAAAGGGAACUACAAAAGUUGAAAAGGAUCGGAUGACACCGGAAAAAACGGAGAAGACUAAGCUGCUCCAAAAUACAGAUACCAACAAACCCCCAGCUUUCAACCCCGCAAAGAGACCACAUGAGGGUGACAGUACCAACGGGAAACCAAGCAAGAAACUCGCCACAGAAACAUCUAACACUACUAUUAAAGCACCUCCUCCAAAACGGAACAACUUGCUUGGAAUUGCUUCCAAACCCCUACCAAAACCAGCCGUCAAGAAGCGAGAGAUCUCUCCGCCCGGUCAGUCAAAAUUAGGCGCAUUAUUAGCCAGCAUUGCCAAACGACCCGAGCCCCCCAAAGCCCCCGAAGCUCCACCUCGACCCCCAGAAACCCCGGAAGAGAAGGCUCGCCGUGAGAGAAAGGAGAGCAGGCGCCAUUUGAGGGUCAAAUUUAAGGAAGGCACAGAAUUGGAAGAGAUCCGGCUAUUCAAGCACGAGCAGGCUGAGGAUGAAGGUCGCCAGGACGAUAUGUUGAGAGAUGCACACGACUACCGCAGCGAAGGCAUCAUGCACAAGCGCCGUGUGUCCGAGGCAAUGGAUGAGGAUGAUGAGAUACAAUCUGGUGAAAUUGAAUCGCGACCAUAUCCAGAGCUUGUUGGUGUCGAUCUCACUGGCUUGGAGAAAUCAACACCUUUCGGGCAGAAGUAUACUACUCGUGGUGGGGAUUUGACCUUCACAACUCCCGAACAACAGGCACAAGAGAGACGUGAAGCUCUGGAGCUUAUGACUAUUUACACUGAUCCUAAUGACAUUCCUCCAUCGCCUAAAGAACCGCCGUACCAGAUGGAUGGACCUGGGAUGGGCAGGCCUGAGUCCCUGCUCAAGGAACCGUCAGCGCCAUGGUUGGCGCAACGGCUGCAAGAGAUCAAGCAGUAUGGCCCGGAUUAUGCAUCUCAGCUCUUUGUUCGCCGUCUGGAAGAACAACAAGGCAGAAAGUUUGGUGACAACCGUGCUCUAGGCGGCCUGCAUUCACUUUCCGCGCCAAGUCAAGUAUCUUCCGCUCAACAACCCCAAUACCAACCACAGAACCAGACCAUCGUCAACAACCUCGUUGCCAAAAUGCAACCCCACGAAUAUCAAAACCUUCUACGCAUUAUCGAAUCGGUCAAGGGUAAACCUUAUCCUCCUGUUGAACCGCCUGACUGGAUGACGAACCCAGCUCAGCGAGCUGUGUGGUGGGAAGGCUACAAUAGGGACAAGGCGAUCAAGGAGAAGAGGGAAGCUGAUCAGAAGGCUCAGAUGGAAGCUACUCAGUACCAACCGAUGCCAGCGCAAUACCAACCGCAGAUGUCGGUUCCGCAGCCCCAAAGCUACCAGCAGCCCCAGUCGCAGCCCCCAGCAAGCAUGCCCGCGGUGUCAUCCCAGCCCGACAUUACGCAGCAAGUCCAAAGCCUCCUAGCUAGCUACAGCAACGGCAACAAUACAAACGCGACUCAGCAGUUCGACUACAAUGCGUGGGCUGCGAAUGCCGCUGCUCAAGCCCAAGCUUACUCCGCUCAAACCCAGCAGCCAAGAUGGGAUGCAAACUGGAACGAGAACUCGAACCCAGCCAAGGCCCAGGAGAAUGCUAACGCAGGCUCUAAGGCUAAGCGUGGCUUCGAGAAGAGGGAAUGGCAGGAGUCACUUUUCGACGAGAAUGGCGAUUACAAGGGCAAGAAGAAGCCUUGUCGAUUCUGGCGCGAGGGCAAAUGUCAGAAGGGUGCGAAGUGUACUUAUCUGCACGACUAG